UGCUCCGCCCCUGUUGAGCACAGUCUGAGCUCGGUCGUCAAACGGACGCUUCGUCGGUGGUGGUGAUGGUGGUUCCCUAGCUGUGUUUGGAUAAAACGUACCCUUCGAUUCCUCCUAACUGUGAUAGUGAAAACCUCGUUUCGUGUUGUUUUAGCUCCGUCCUAGUUUUAUAACACGUGUAAAGUUUUAGAAUCGGGCCAGUUUCACUUUUUACGCAUUGAUUGUACCAACGGACUCCUAGCCUGGUCUAUGGUAAAAUUCGAGUGGUGUCAUGGUAGCCUAAGAAGCUAUGUUCGAAAAGUGUUCGGUCUCCUGUGUUCAUUUUCUAGAAGCCGAAGAAAGUGAAAAUAAGUGAGCUGGGUGGGAGUCCGAUUUCGUCAUCUCCCUUAUAGAUUGCUACAGCAUAUGGUUUUCCACUCCUGGUGAAGCCAAGGGAAUUCUAAGACUCCUUAUCAUUCAGAGAAUAAAUUGAAGAAAAGAGAUCGUAGUCUGAGUCCUUGAAGUGCUAAAGAAAAGGAAAAAAAACCUGAUUUAAGGGUUGGGUGCGAGAGGUGUGAGGUUGGAGGAGGUGGUGGCUGUUGGGCCCAGAGGAAUCUUCCAGGAAGCGGAGUGAGGCGGCUGUCGUCAGCUGCCCGCCCCAACCAGUACCCACAACUCUGGCAGGAGGAGAGCAACAGAUUGACCGGAGGAUGGAGCGUGAGAGUAAUCAGCUUGAGGCUGGGCCCAUCCUUUGUCGCAUGGGGUGUGGAUUUUUUGGUUCCCCCAACACAGAUGGUCUGUGUUCGAAGUGCUAUAAAGACGCACUGAAAAAGAAACAGCAACCCCCAUCUAACGUAACGUCGCCAACAGCCUCUGUCGCACCAACCUCGGUCUCUCCGGCACCCCCUACAACCACACUUCAUCAGGCCGUAACUGUUGCUACUACUACUGGCCAACCCACUGUGCAAACCCUAACACAGAUGGCAGCCGUUCCUGGCUCAGCAGAUAAGUGCGAUGCCACAGAGGAAGGUGGUGCCUCAGCAGUUGAAGGAGCUGAGGCAGACAAUGACUCAAGCAGCUCUGAAAAAGAUGGAGCAAAGAAGAAGAAAAACAAGUGUCAGAUGUGCAAGAAGAAGGUUGGCCUAACAGGUUUCACCUGUAGGUGUGGGGGCCUUUUCUGCUCAGUGCAUCGUUACUCUAAUGAACAUCGAUGCACAUUUGACUAUCGUGAACAUGGCGCAGAGGAAAUAAGGCGAAACAAUCCAGUAAUUAAGGGUGAAAAAAUACAGAAAAUAUAGGACAACAACGAGAAAUAGUGGAGCCCCCACUAAACUCGCCCCCUGUUGCGUCGCAAACCACCGAGAGAAAGAAGGAACGGAGAUGAUGAUGAUGAUGGUUAACUGGAAAGGAGCAGCACCAGCAUGUGCUGUCUUAAAUAAUAUGAUCACAUGAAUUUAUUUUUUUUCUUGAUAUUUUUUCUCUUUUGUCUGUGAAUAGGGUUGAAAAGAAUAAUACAGUAUUUGCACAUGGAAAAUUUGUGCUAUACUGUAAGGAGAAAAGAGCUUCACGUUAUGGCUCUAGAUGGAAUUUUUUACUAUUUGGCUCUGCUAUGUUGUGUUUUGUGUCUGCGUGGGGGGGCUGUAGAGACUGGUGUCGCAGGGUCCCGCCAUGUGUUAGCAUUACCUCAUCAUGUCAUCACCAUCAUUGUCAUUAAUGUCAUGAUUGCAUCAGAUUCAUUGUCAUUCUUCAUGUUCACAGUCACCCUCCAUUAGUUAUGCAUCCUCAUACAUCAUCAUUCCACAUCAUAUUGUCAUAUGUCUAGUAUAUAGUGAAAGCUUUCCUAACUAAUGCCUUCUUGAUACAAGGCCUAAGUUGGGCAAACUCAAAAAUGUGUCUGAAAAAAUACAUUAAAAAUGACAAAAAAAAGUGUGGUGUUCCUGAAGGGCAGAUCCACUCCCAUGAAGUGUACUUCUCAAGAUGAGGCUUAAUAUGAACUGCACAUUCGAGUUCUCUUGCAAUGGACAGUCAGUACUGUACUUGCCCUCCAUGGCAGCCAUUAACUGCAGGUCUUGUGAUGGGACAGUACCCUCGUAGCAUAAGCCUUAUCUUCCAACUGCAUCGUUCUGCCGCCAUCUCUAGAGUUGUAGGCAAGUGUAAAUAUCCUUGCCUCCUCGAAUGGUGUGUAUACGUUAGUUGGUAAACAGUGCCGCCUUAGGCCUUACUGCAAAUUGACAUUUGUGCCCAAUUUAUGCACUUGGACUUUAUUAAAUUAAAAAAAAUAAUUGAAUGGGCUUUCAAGCCUUUUGUAGUGGAUAUAAUGAAUAUAAUGAAAGGACAAAAAAAAGAAAAAAAAUGAGGUAACCUUUGUUUGUAUGUGUAUGAAAGUUACUUACCUCUAGGGCAAUUGUGUUAGCAUGUGUGCUAUUAUAACUUGAAAUAUAAGAUUUUUUUUCUUUUUUUAAGAUUAAUAUGGGAAAAAAUGCCUCGUAGGGAAUGUCCUUUAUAUAAGUCUUGAUUGAGCAUCUUUGGGGUUUUCAAUUUUUUUUCCCAUACCUUAUAAUGUGCAUUGUUAUAUGAAGUCAUAUGCACCACAACUAGAGGAAAUUGAUUAUUUUUUUGUUGUAAAAAGUAUCCUUAUUUCGUUAAUAAUGCUGUAGUUGGUGCUUAAGAGUAGCUGACAUUAAGAUCACUUCUUGUUUUUUUUAAUGAAAAUAAAGGUACAGCAAGCUCCUUACAAAUAGCAUUGUGAUGCCCUCAUAUGAGAUAAACUUAAAAAAUAAAAAUCACUCGCCAUUUUGCUCCUUCCAAUUUAGUAUUUAGUUUAAUGCCAGUCCGGCACAUCUUGUUUGUGAGGAGUUUGUUUUGUUUUUUCCUUUUUCUUUUUAAAUCAUUGCUUGAUAACUUUUCCUCUUGAUUAUAAUGGAUAGUCAUUGUUACUAUAUACGAUUUGUAGUCAAAAUGUCAUGGUGUACUCAAUAAAAGGGUACAGCUAUAACUAA